UGAAGAAUGUGGAUCUGGAAGUCAAACUUAGCUUGAUUUUAUUCCACAGAGCUUAUUAUCCAGAAACAACCAGCCAUGCUUUGGGAUCCAAGUCCAGAGCAAUCAAGUAAGAAUUGCAAGGAAGAAGAAGGAACGAAAAAGCAGAAAUGCAGAGAAGAAGAAACAGCAGGAGGGGGAGACAAAGAAGAGGAAGUAGAAAAGGAAUUGGAAGAGGAACAGAAAAAAGAAAAGGAAAAUGGGGAAGGAUGUCCCAGGAAAAGAUUAGUCGGCAAAUCCCUCAUGGACACUCUCUGGGGAAAGUUCAAAUUAAACAAAUACCUCACGAUACAAGAUACUCUAUCACUGUCAUUUGAAUUUAGCAUGACAAAUAGACAGAUAAAUCAAUGGUUUUGUAGAAAGAGGAAGACAUACAACAAAGAAAUGUCCAAGCGGAAGUAUAACAAAAGACGCAAGGGGGUAAGAAAGAAAGCAGCACAAAAUAUGGAGUGAUGACUACCCACACCAGGGGAGGACUCCCACUACAUAGAAUUUAGCAAAGAUCAUCCCUAUGCCAGUCACCAGGAAUAGAAGUCCAAACCUUUCUGCCUGUUGCACCUUGGUGUCGGAGUUGUGCACGAAACAAAACAGUCAGGCAAUGGAUGGAGCAACGCGUUUCUUACAAAGAGACAGGACAGCAAGAUCAGCUUCAGUGGCGUAUAGAAGGACCCUGUCCCCUCCCUAGGGAGGACAGAUAUAGCCAGGUGCCAUGUGACACACAAGCUUAAGCAGAAUUUGUUCUACCUCUAUAACUUCCUUAACUUUUUCAAGUUUUUAAAUAUGUUUUAAAAAGAUCUCCUCAUCCUUCAAUGGAAAUUGUUUUCCAGAUUUAACAUAUUUUGAUCUUUUAAAUAUAUGGACUGUGUUGUGAAACAUUUUGUAUGGCACCAUUCUCGGGUAUAAAUAGAAUUCUGGAAGGAUAAACAAGAAAACUUUAACAGUCGCUAAAUUCUAUGGAGUAGAACUAGAUGAAAUGCAAAGGAGUUUUGAAACAUUCUAUUUGCACCCUACUGUGGAUGUGAAGUUUCAUAAGGUGCAUUCAGUGAUUUUAUUUAAGAAAAAGUAUCAAUAAAGUACCAAUCUCUGUGGAAA